AUGGCUGAAUCCUUAAAUACAUCAGAAUUAUGUCCAUCUUUUGGUGAACAACGAGAAAGCACCAGUCUUAGUGAUGAUAUAAAAAAGUCAAUUACAAACGAAAUUAUAUGCAUUUUACAAAUAGAUGAUAAUGAAAAUAAAGAUGAAAUUGUUAAUAAUUUGUUGGAAAAUGGUCGACAUUCAUUGAUCAAAUAUAAAGAAGAUAUUAUAUCGAAAAUCUAUAAAGAAGUCAUGAAUGGUAAUGAUAACAAAUUGAUGAUGUUAUUACAAAAGUAUUUUCAACAACAAUGCGAAAUACAAUAUGGCAAAUCUAAUCAAUGGUUUAUUUCAUUUCUUGAACAAUAUCGCAUUGGAGAGAAUCAUGAUAUAUAUGAACGUUUGUUAACUCGUACAGCUGAAUAUGGAAACACAUAUAUGAAAAAUUGUCCAAUAUUAUCAAUUACUUUACAACUUCUUUUUGAAGGUAUUGAUGAUGAGUGUUUGAAGAAAACCAAUGUUUUCAAUGAUCUAUGGUUCACAAUAACCAAUGGUGGUUUAAAAUCAAUAACACAAUAUUCGGAUUAUAUUAUUAAAAAUGUAAUGAAUGAACAAUUAAAAAGCCAGUCAAUAUUAUUUAAAGCACUACGUGAAUAUUAUCGUCAAAAUGUAUUUUCAUCACUUAAACAAAGCAAUAUUGUAGAAAAAGGAAAUUUAUAUGAAUUAGUAUUAGAUGAUGUUGCUGAACAUGGUUGGUUGACUGAUUUGAAACCUAUCCAAGACCUCAUAACACCAAGAUCUUACAAUAGACUUUUGGAAAAGUUACAUUCUUUUUAUACAAAGCAAGCCCAACCCACAAAUGAAAAGAAAAACAUGACAGAUGCUCGUUCAACAGAAGUUAAUUUAAAAUCAGAACCAAGAUCAACUGCAACAGAUACAAAAGCAGAAAAGAAGCAAGGUAAUCUAAAUUUAAUUGAAAGUUUUUCUAUAAUUUUUCACUCAAUUUACUUAUGGUACAUAGAAGAAGCUGAUGGCCAAAUUAAUUUUAUUGUAAGAUGA